CCCUUCGUCCUGUCAGCCAUCGUCUUCCUCUCUCCUUCUACCCUUUCACUCUUCCACUGCUGAUUGUACGGUUGGAAGAAUCGUUCUGGCGGCAACUCCGGCUGUCGCGAAGGAUGGAUGUUGCCUGCUGACCCGCCAGCCUCUUGAUUGAUCGAUCGUUCGUGCGGACUGCUUAUUCUUUGGCCGCUGUCGUUGUCCGACCCUUGAAAACACGACCAUGAAUUCCCUUGACAUCCGGUCCAGCCAGUCUUCUUAUGGCGAGCCCACGCCCUUUGCUGCCGCUGCCUCGUAUGGCGCUCCGCAACCGCCCCCAACCAAGGUGCUGAUGGAAGGCUACCGCGACGCCCUUGACCCCCAACCCGCGGAGAAGCCGCGCUACGCUCCGAUCAAUACUGCGCACCUCCAAAGCUCCGAACCGCUCAAUACCCAUGACCCUGUCGCCAUGUACCUGCUGACUGAAACCGCCAUGACCGAUAGCACACACUACGAGAUCCUGUCAUUGGAGGAAGUUGAGACACUGAAAAAAGAACACAAGUUCUUGUCGAGUCGGUUGAAUGCCGCCAAAGGGAACUUAGCCCUGGAAAUGAAACUGCGCGAUGCGGCCAUGUCGCUAAGCAGACUUUACACGUCCAAGAGCCCCAGUGCAAACGGAGAAUAUGACCUAGAUUCAUCCCCGAAUUCCCGUCAGAGCCGCAGAAGCCUCCUGGGACCCAAUGACCCGGCCAUGGAUAAGACGGAAGAAGAGCUUGCGCUGAGCACCCGGAAAUGCGAAGAGCUGGCGCAGGAGAUCUGGACCCUGGAGCGCAGAGUACAACAAGUCAACAAUAGGCUGCUGGAGCAUACGGCCGGGAUUUUGCAGAUGACACAUAAGGGCCUAAAGAAAAACCUCCAGAAUAACGUCCCCGACACCCCCGAGAGCCUCUCCAGCCACAACACACGCGCCAGCGUGGACGACUUCGACGAUCGGAGUUUCUAUAAGCCGACCGAGCAUCUUGAUGGGUCUCACGGACAUGGACCACGGGAGGGGCCAGUUUUGAACGGACUGGGCCUGGAGGCAAUCCAGGAUACGGAAAGAAGAUUGGAGUAUCUGAGUGGAAAGGUGCGGGACAUGAUCCUCCAGUCGAACCCGAACCAUGAGCUCGCGCCUAUCCCGCAACCCUCUCAUGAAGAAGGUCCAGUCAGUCCUACAGCAACGGUCGAAGCACAUCUGGCAUAUAUCGAGAAUGGAAUGGAAAUGCUCAGCUCGAACCCUUCGGGUAGCCUGCCCCAGAGCCGGGCUGUCGACUCCGAGUCGGAGCAACAGUUAAAGGAGAUUAAUGCACGGUUGUACAGCGUCAUCCAACAGUCGGGGAUACCCCAUGUUCAAACCCUGCCUCCUCCACCAGACCCGUCCCACGGCGACAUGGCGAAACAAUUCGGCUAUCUCAGUGCUGGUAUUAAUGGACUUGAAGAGCGGAUCGACAAACUGCUUGAACAGAAGAGCAUUCUCACGACCCAAAUCCAGCAACAACGAGAGCUGAACUCCAAGUCAGAUGCCGAGCGAGAUGCGCACAUCGCGGACUUGGGUGAACAGCUGGCCCACGUCCGGAAAGACCUCGAGCUCUCAGAGAGCGAAGGUCAGCAGUCCAGGGAUGCGUUGGAACAUGCCAUGGAACAGCUGGAAGCUAUGCGUCAGGAACUGGCAAGCCAUCAGGAAGAGCACAAAAUGGAGGAUACCUCUGGCGCUUUGACAUCCGAGAAGGAAGCCCGUGCACGCGCUGAGGCCGAACUUGAACAUUUGCAGGUUGUCAUGAAGGAACUUCAACAUGAAAAGGACGCCCAAGCCGAGGCCCAUGAAGCGCGGGCCCGGGCGGAAAAUGAACUUGCUCAGUUGGAAGCCCAUGUGGAAGAACUCCGAUCCCAGCAUGCCACUCGUACGGAGGAGCUCACCGUAGCCCACUCCCAAGCAGAGGGUGAAAUCACGCGUCUGCAGGGGGUGAUUGUCCAGGUGCAGGGUGAAACCGAUGCUAAGGUGGAGGCGGCCACCGAGGCUCAUCUUCAACAACUUCGCUCCCAAUCUGAUGCUCACACGGAGGAGCUUACCGCAACCCGUUCACAGGCAGACAGUGAAAUUGCACGUUUGCAAGAUCUGAUCAAUCAGCUUCAGAAUGAAGUGGGUUCAAAGGCGGAGGCGUCAGAAGCCCACGAGCGCGCAGAACAACAAAUCUUGCAAUUGGAAGAGACCAUGCAGCAGAUCCGCAAUGAAUCGGAUGCCCAGAUCAGAGAGGCUACGGAAUCCCGGGUGCAGGCCGAGAGCGAGGUUGUUCGUCUGGAGACCUUGUUGGGCCAACUUCGUGCCGAUAUGGAACCUCAGCUAAAAGAAGCAACAGAGGCGCGUACGCAGGCUGAGGGCGAAGUUUCCCGGCUGGAAGCUACAUUGAACCAGCUUCGAGCUGAUGUGGAGGUGCUCGAGACCCAGCACAAACAAGUGACUGAGGCACGCACUAGCGCCGAAGAGAACGCCACGCGCUUGCAGGCAGAGUUGACGGAGAUGGAAGGCGAAGUCGUACGGGCCCAAACCGAGCUUACGAUGGCCAAGGCCGAGCUCGAUGGCGCCUAUGGAUCUCGAGCUCAACGGGCCGCUGAUAUCGCGGCUAACCCUGCCAUCCAGAGAGAGUUUGAUGAGUUGAACACGAGAAACCUCGAGCUGGCCGAAGAACUUGCGGCUCUGAAGGCCGGCAAGCCUGGGAGCAGCGAUUUGCAACACCGAGUGGAGGCACUAGAGCGAGAACUCCGGGAGACGGUUGAUGAUUACGAAGCAAUGACGAAGGCUAGCAUUGAAUUCGAGAGAGAGCGUGAAAGAUUCGAGAGCGUCAUUGACGCGCUGCGGGACCGCUGUGAACAACUGGAGACACAGCUCAACGAGGAACGGAUCAAUUGGAUGGGCAGUGGGCGAGAUGGCCACUACGAGACCACGUCGACGAUGGUGUUGAAGAAUGAAUUCAAGAAGAUGAUGCGGGACACGCGCGUUGAGAACAUGAAGAUCCUCAAGGCGGAACAAGAAGAACGCCGGCGGCUGGAAAGCUUGAUCCGGAAUCUGAAGAAAGAGCAGGCGAAUUUGACGGGCAAAUCCAGCCCCAGUCAGGGUAUUCCCGUUCAAUGAUCGUCAUGAGUGCUUGCUU